AUGGCGCCCUCUCUCCGCAUCUCGGCGGGACCCUCGGUCGAUUCGCUCUCGACGGUGGCCGUCAACCACGACGACUCGCCCCUCAGCAUCUCGACGUCCAACUUCCAGGGCCGCCUGACGGUGCGCAUCAAGAACUUUUCGGGCGAGCAGCCGUCGGGCGCAUCGGCGCAGGCCGACUCGGCCUACUUCAACGGCGGCCUGGGCAAAGGGUGUUCGUGGUCGAUGCAGAUCCAGGGACGCUUCCUCUCGCCCUCGCCCAUUUCGAGCGACGACCUCGUCUUUGGCAACGAGUUUGACCGCCCCAUCAAGGACCACCUGCCCUACGGCACCGGGCUCGCCCUCCAGUUUGCCAAGGUCAUCGACCCCAACCUCCAGCACGACCUGUACGCCGAAAAGCCCUGGGCCUUUUCGCCCUACAUUGCCACCAUGGGCCGCGUAGCCACCGCCCGCCUCGCCGCCGACAAGGCCGAGGGCAAGGACGGCUUUGAUGGCUGGCCCGCCUUCCCCUCUGCCGAAUCCGACACCGGGCCGCGGUACCUCGACGAGGACGUCACCUCGCUCUUCUACACGGCCGACGGCAAGCUCGACACGGCCAUCGAGCCCGACGAGGACGCCGUCAAGAACCUCCGCGGCGGCGAGGCCGGCAUCGAAAAGGCCCACGACUACCGCAAACGCUGGUUUGGCAACAAGGCCCACCGCCAAAAGUGCCCCGUCACCAGCGACCAAGUCGUCACGGCCGACUUUUUCAACGGCUUCAUCGACUUCAACGACCUCACCCUGCACAUCCCCUUUAGCGGCGGCCUCAGCUUUGACCUGAAAAAGUACUGGGACGGCCAGCCGGUGCGGUACGUGUGCAAGGACCAGAAGUCCGGCACCGUCUUUUUCGUCAUCCAGUUCGACAUCACCGAUCUCGACCAAUAG